AAAUAAUUUCUCCUUCCCUCCCUUUUUCCCAUCCCUUAUAAAAAUCUAGGGUUUCCAUUUUCUUUCAAUAUUUUUUAAAAUUCAUUUUGCUGAAAAUGCCUGGCCUUGGAAAUCUUUCUCACUCUUCAUCCCUGUCUCUGUCUCCUUGCCCUAACUUGAAGCUUCUCUCUCUUGACUCUGCCGAUUCAACCGAUGCUUUUGACCCUGGCACCCUCAAAACCCUUGCCCUUAAAUGCAAUUGGGGCCAGAGAUUUCCCCACAAAGGCGUGGGCUGCAAUGGGAAUGGAAUUAGGGUUUUGAAGCGAGCGAAGAAGGGGUCUAAUGGUAAGGUUUUGGAGGAUUAUUUGAGAGAUUGGGUUCAGAGGAAGAUGGAGUCUGGUGUUCCUAAGUCCCGUUGUUUUCUUCCAUUUCUCGUCGGGGCUAAGAAAUUGGUUGAAUGUCUCCAUUGCCAUAAGCUCAUCUAUCCAGGGGAGGAGGUCUUAUGCUCAGUUCGUGGUUGUCAAGGAGUUUAUCAUGAAAUAUGUGCCAAAGAAAGUCUUAAGAUGUCUAACCCAAAAAAGUUCCAGUGUCCACAGCAUGUAUGCUUCAUUUGCAGACAGAGAUUACAAUGGCGAUGUGUAUGUUGUACAAUGGCAUCUCAUGAUAAGUGCUCCCCAUGGCCAGAUGCAGUGGUUCGUUUGAAGGACAAAUCAGGGAGAGUAAUUUGUUGGAGGCAUCCAACUAAUUGGCGGCUAGAUAAGAAGCAUGCAGUUCCAGCAACUGAAAUAGAGGACAUUUUCCGUCAAUUGCCUUUACCUUAUAUGGAUGAGGAGUUCAAGCUUGACUUGACAAGUAGAGAUUUAAUGGAGAAUAAAUUGGAGCCACCUCCAUAUGUCCACAUCAAGCGCAAUGUUUACCUAGUGAAGAAGAAGCGUGAUGAUGCUGAUGAUGAUAUUGGAUGCACAAGUUGCAGUUCUACUUGCUCUGAGGAUUGUGUAUGCAGAGUUCAAUGCAUAAGCUGCUCAAAGGCUUGCCACUGCCCUGAAACUUGCAGCAACAGGCCAUUUCGCAAGGAGAAAAAGAUCAGAAUUGUUAAGACUGAGCUUUGUGGUUGGGGAGUAGAGGCAGCUGAACCUAUUAAUAAAGGAGAUUUUGUAAUUGAGUAUAUUGGGGAAGUUAUUGAUGAUGCUCAGUGUGAACAGAGGCUUUGGGACAUGAAAUACAAAGGGGUGAAGAAUUUUUACAUGUGUGAAAUUCGAAAAGACUUCACAAUAGAUGCAACUUUCAAAGGGAACACAUCUCGUUUUCUAAAUCACGGCUGUGAUCCUAACUGUGUUUUGGAGAAGUGGCAAGUUGACGGGGAGACACGUGUGGGAGUGUUUGCUACUCGAUCAAUCGAAGUUGGCGAGGCACUGACAUAUGACUACAGAUUUGUGCAAUUUGGACCUGAAGUUAAGUGCCAUUGUGGUGCGUCAAAUUGUCAAGGUUAUCUGGGGACCAAAAGGAAGAUUGUUAAAUUGGAUCUUUGCUGGGGCUCUAAACGUAGGAGAUCUUCAACUGCUUGCUUAGCCAUCAUAACUGUAUAAUUUGGUAUCAGUUGCCUGUUUGGACUGGCUGGUUUGUUGUAUAUUAAUCAUACCAUGCCAGAGGGGUGAAAAAGAAAGAAGAGAAAUGAAAGAACUAAGACCAGCCAAGCUUCAACAUUCUUGAAAAAAAUUAUGUUUUUGUUGAAAAAAAUUAUAUGUUUUUUCUAACUUGUACAAGCCAAUUCCCAAAAUCUCCCUUGAAUAGGCUUUGUUGUAAUACCGUAGGAAGCAUCUAAGCUCCCCAUGUUGGGUUGCAUUUCGCAGUGGAUCUUGUACACAGGCUGGCUGAGAAAAAUGAAAAUGACUUUAAGAG